AUGCAGCUGAGCUGCUACAUCCUGGAUUAUUUCUGGGAUGAAUUUUUUCCUCGGAAACGUGUCGUCGAUGUACAACGUAUGGAGGCUGAUGCACGUGCAACACACUGUCGUUAGAAAACAGCGUGAAUUAUGUACGUAAAAUCGGCGAGCCUUUGAGGCGCUCAAAAUUGAGCCUUCAUUCUGUAGUUGUUCAUGUCUUGAAACUUAAAGUCAAAGUAGAACGAGAUAAGCUUAAAUAAUUUGUAUUUGUUCGCAAGAAUCACGAACUCUUGAGUAUUAAGGACACGAUUGUCCUCGGUGUCGCGUGACAGGAAUUAAUUUGCAACUUCAAUACCGUAAUGACAUGUCGCGAGGGAGAUUACCAACUCAAUGCUUCUCUUUGUUUCUAGGUUCAACAAUUCCUCAGAAAUAUGAAGGAAAACAGGGAUGUUCCUCAAAGAUCGCAGAGCAGCGCGGCGAGCCUCAUGUCUCUAGGUGCUGACAUAUCUCCAAGCUCUUCCCAUUUCUUCGAGGUGCUCUAUGUAGGGAAAAUGAGAGUACCGCAUCCAAAGGUGUCGGAGAUCUUUAUAGACGACGCGCUAGUAAGAUUUCGCGUCCACGGUCUCGAGAAAUCGAGACCAUCGGCGACUAACUUUCUUUCCGAGUAUCAACGUCAAUCACUUUUAACGUCUUCCAAUAACAGGAGAAACAGCACGGUAAAUUAUCCCAACCUCAUCUACCUUGGAAAUAAAUUACACACUUUUGGUAUCAUAUCGCCGGUCAACUCGCUGGGUGUAGCGUCGACGCUUACCGGGUCGGUGGAAACGUUCCCAAAGACGCAGAACGCCAAUCUGGCGGAGAAAGACGAGGAGAACCGCGAGGAGAACCGAGACGUUACGAACAAUAAUUCCAUGCAAGUGCCGGAAGUUAUGCGAACCCGGGCGUCUUCCACAGGCAGCGUAUUGAAUACCAGGAGGGAUUCCUUGGCGAGAGGGAGCGACGAACAUAAUCGCACGAUGCUGUUCCAGGUAGGCCGACAUGAUUUGAGACUAAUCAGCCCGGAUAGGAAGCAAGUGCUGCUUCACAAACAACUGAGAGACGUGACCAGUUGCGUACAAGGCGUCAAGAAUCCAGAACAUUUUGGUUUCGUUUGCAAAGAGAAUAACGUAGAGUUUUUUAUCGGCUAUGUAUUCAAGUGCCAAUCGGAAUCGGUUGCGGAUGAUCUUGUUACCGCUAUUUCGUUUGUUAGAACGUGCGAAGUUCCAAGAAAGGAACGAUAUCCCGUGUUUUCAUGCGAACACUGCCCGAUGUAUUGGUAUAAUAAGCUGUGUCAGGAAAUCGAAGAAAAUUGCGGGGCAAGUAAGAAGUUUGCAUGUUCUCCAUGUUGUGCAGGACAAAACGAUAGGAGGACUCAGAAUAUCAUUUUCACACGGAUGGAAAUACUGCCGGAGGAUGAGCAGGAAAUUGUCGUUACUAAAUAUAAAAGUGCCGAAGCUGCUGGAGGCACAGAGACAAGUUUACGCGAGCAAAAUCAAUUUUUAAUGAGGCUAUUGCGUGCCCAUUGCGAGGCGAAACAGGCCAGGCACGUUCAUGACACAGCGGAAAAUAGGAGUGAAUUUCUUAAUCAGUACUUAAGCGUGGGUGUUGGAAGCACAAUAUUCAUGAAAGCAAAGCGCUCGCUUACAAAUAGCUUUGACAACCUCAUGAAGAGAAAGGGUUCGCGGGACGACCUUGGACUUGGUUCACAUUUAAAAGAUAUGAGCCACCUUAACACUGUGAUACAAAAAAGCGGUAGCCAAAGCCCCGAUAUGUCGCGACAGUCAUCUAUAACUGAUAUUUCGCCGGAUUCUAAUAGGCCCAGAUCUCUAAGGGUUUCACCUGAACAGCAAUUAACUGUGAACACUGGACCAAAGAGUUCUAUGAUGGACAUAUUCCUGAAGGUGGGAAAUUCGCCAAAAAUGUCUCCAACCGAGUCGGAUGGAAACAAUUCGGUGCAUUCAAAUAGCUCGUGGAGACAAACUAUUUUGAAUCGAGUCGUAACUCCUAAUAAAGAUCAUGAGAAGGAAAGCGAUAAACCAGGAAAUAUUAGUAUCAUUAAAUCUCCUCAGGUGACGCCAGCGCGCAGAACAAAACAAGAAUUAAGAGAACUUUGGAAGAAGGCAAUCAAUCAGCAAUUGAUACUUAUACGCAUGGAGAAGGAGAAUGCGAGACUUAGAGUUCGCCAAGAGGAAGCGACUGUUAAGAGAAUAAAAUUAGAAUAUGAUGAACUUAGCAGUUGCGCUCGUGAAUUAGUAGAAGUGUGGGACCUUCUUGUAAGUAAGGAGUCAAGGAUCUCUACAAAAUGUGAUAAUCAAAUGCUUUUACACGCUAUUAAACAAGGUGUACCAAAAGGAAAGAGAGGAGAAGUAUGGCAAUUUUUGGCCGAACAAUUUUGUUUGAAGCAACCGCCCAUAGACACGCACGAUUUUCCUAAUUACAAUACAGCAUACGAGUUACUUUUAAAACAACUCACGUCUCAACAACAUGCAAUUUUAAUAGAUUUGGGACGAACAUUUCCAAACCAUCCGUAUUUCAGUUCACCUCUAGGACCUGGACAAUUAGCUUUAUUCAAUUUAUUGAAAGCUUACUCGCUUUUGGAUCAUGAAGUUGGUUAUUGUCAAGGUCUUAGUUUCGUGGCUGGGGUCCUUCUUUUACAUAUGUCAGAAGAUCAAGCCUUUUUUCUUCUGCGGCACUUAAUGUUCCGAAGAGGCCUAAGGAAAUUGUAUCUUCCCGACAUGGCACCAUUGCAAUUGUAUCUAUAUCAAUUAUCCAGGCUGUUGCACGAUAGAUUAUCAACAAUUUAUAAUCAUUUCGACAAACAUGAAGUUUCUCCUACGCUGUACGCUGCACCAUGGUUAUUAACUUUAUUUGCCAGUCAAUUUCCACUUGGUUUUGUCACUAGAGUUUUUGAUUUACUAUUUCUGGAAAGUACUGAGGUACUUUUUAGAGUAUCAAUGGCAUUAUUAGAAGAGCACCAAGAUCAGUUAUUAAUGUGCGACAGUUUUGAAGAAAUUAUGGAAUACCUUAAGACGCGUGUGCCAGCUGUGGAUAAAGAGAUUCUGGAUCGAGUUAUGAAACGCGUAUUCUAUCCGGAUCAGGAGAUUACGAAGCAAUUGAAUGAAUACAGAGUGGAAUACCAAGUAUUGCAGGAAGAAAUGAUGUCGGUGAAACCGCAAAUCGAAAGUCUGGAGAAAUUCAAAGUACUGAACAAGCAACUUACGCAAGAAGUCGCUCAACUGAACGAGCAACUUGAAAUUACUAUGAGUAACUUUCACCGUCUGGAGACAGCACGAUCAGUGCAGCAAUCGACCCUGUUGAAACUUGAGUCUCACAACCGUAGUCUUGAAGUUACUGUCGUCACAUUGGGCGCGUUCAUUCAACAACUCUCCGAAACUCGUCCAGACAUUGAAUUCCCUGGUGAAAUUCGUCGAAUAAUUGCUCAGCUGAGUCUCGCUGAGAAACGAAGAAACACAACCAGUCGAUCGUAUCCUCUAAAAGUGAUCGAGGAUAACAUCAAGAUGGGAAUGAUUAAAAGUAACUCCACAGGAAGAGAAUCUCACAACUUCUUAAAAAAUAACAGCGUAGUGGAUCCCCCUUAUCCUUUAAAAUCCACAUUGAGUCAACCAAACUUGGCCACGAAACUCGAGAAAGUCUCGUCGUUUUUCUCGAACUCGCACAAUCACAUUCAGAAGCAACGAGCACAAUUGGCCGCUCUUAGAAACGAGUACACAAGCGAACAGGGUGUCAGAAACGACGAGAACGAUCCGAAAACCGUCAAUAUAGACAUUCAGAUCACCGACGCGAUGAAUUCGACCGAAGUGCAGGACAUACCGCAGAACGAUGAUAACCAUUUGAAGAUCCAACCAAUCAACUUAGAAAAAUCGGCUUCGCUGCCAUUGAACGCGAAGAUAAAGCUGAAGUCGUCCAAGUCGGCUUACGAACUGGGAUCCGUUAAGAAAGUACCGAUUACCAAGUUGGAAGUUACGAAUGACGACAAUGUGACGAGUUUAACUGGAACGAUACACCCAUUGGAUUCCUGUAGAGACGUAAACUUCAGAUAUGGCGGAACAACGAAAUUAAAGUCGAUAAAGCCAACGAGAUUUCCAAGUCCAAACGGUCAAGACGAAGGUGUGAGCAAGAACGGCCAGAGCCAGAAUAUGGAGACAUUGAACAGAUAACAAUUGCUGAUGAUGCUGCGUUCACGGAAGAUACCUUGGAAGAUAACUAACUUGAGAAAGGUCUAUCCGAAAAGCUAACGGAAUGGAACAUUGUCCAGGUUUUACCUUUAUAUUUGUCGUUUUCUCUUAUAUAUCUUAUAGUAACUUUUUGAUACGACAACGAUCGAUUUUCAUUUUUUAACGCGAUAUCCGUCGUUCAUAAGGAGCAGUUUGUCGAUCAAAAUAUGCUGAAACUCGCACUUUCCUUUUACUUGUACCAAUGAUUUUAAUAUCAAGUGAUAGAGAACGGAAAACUUAUAUAUAACAAAGUCAAUUUAUAAUAUAUAAAAACAUGGCGAAUAUUGUGUGCAUGUGUGUGCAUGGGUGUGUGCGUCAAAUAUAGUAUGUAUCACGUAUAUAGAUAAAUGAGAAGUUUAGAGAAGGAGAAUUAGGAAGAAUGAGUACAGCGACUUAAUUAAUUCUCAAAAAUUAAUAUAAUAUAUUAAUUGCUGAUAAGAGGUUUGUUUGGAACGACAGUAACACGGAAGAUAGUUUCUAUUGACUUUUGCUAAAUAACAGAAUUGUAGAUAAUCGUAAUUUAUUGGAGGAUAUAUUAUUUAAUAAAGUAACGUGUUACUGGCGUAAACUAAAUUUCUUACAAUCCAGCAAGUAGAAGUCAUAUCUGUAUCAAAAUGUACACUAGUUUAUUACAAAAUUCAUAGGAAUUCGUUUAACAAAUAAAUAUUAAAUUAAAGGAAUAAACGUUUGUUCGAUUAAUGAUACAUCUUUUGUUGUUAGUAUAUAGUCUAUAUAUAGCCCGAAAUCUUCAUUUAGCCAUUUAGCAAGUUUAUUAAUGAUGAGAUAAUCUUUCAAAAUUGUUCAAGAAUUCCUAGUUAACAAUACAAAAUAUAUUGUUGCCUUAGUAAUAACAUAUUUUUGGAUAACAAUAAAACAAUAAUUUUUUCAUAUAAUUACAAGAAAUUCCUAUUAAUUUUGUAUAAAUCGUCGAGAGAAGUGCCAAACUUUUUAGAAAAAGAAAAAAAAAUGUUUUUAAACUGUAAACGUCUUGUGUAUAUUCAAAACAUAUUUAUAUAAUUAAAGACAUAAUUUAUAUAAUUAUUGUGCACUGUGUAAGAUUCGAGGAAUCAGCAAGUAUUACUAUUUUUGCACAAAAGAAAGCCUUGUGAUAUCAGGGAUAUAUAUGUAAUAUUUAAUGUCGUUUAACAUUCUUGUAGGAAAAAAGGUCAUUUUUUAAAUACCGAAAUCAUAAUGCCGAUAGUUCGUAAAAAUACUCAAAAUAAUAUCAAUAGCAAAUUCAUAUUCUUAUCGUGUGUUUUGAUUAAUCUUUCCGUCUAUAACAAGGCGAUAAAUAUUUUUCAUUUCACAAUAACGUAUUGUAAAAUGAGGAAAUACAAAGAAUGUUCAGUAAGUUUGUAUAGUAACUAUUAGGAAGGAUAAAGUAUUUUGUAGUAUUAAAAUUUCUAUCUUCCAAAUAGCGAUUUUUACAGAUAGGUAACUAGGAAUUUUAAUCAUAAAUUGUGAUGAACAAUUAGGAGAUAACGUUAAUAUAUUUAUAGCUUUUAUGCACAUGUUACUGUUAGUAUAUAGAAACUAUUAUUCUAAUGUCGAUAUACAUAAGUAAGGCAACCGUGGACAUUCGUUUGUUCCCCAUACUUAAUUUUAUUGUGAUAGCAGUCAAUUUAUUUGAUUAAAGAACUAAGAGGAAAUAUUUUAGGUAUACAGAGAAAGAGAAUAUCAUUAUUGGAAAAAAAGGAACUGACAAAAUAUGAGUUUAUACUGUUUUAUACACACAGAAAAAAAUUAUAUCCAAAAUUUCUCAUACAAUUUUUUUUUUGGCAUAUCUGACUUGUAAUGUAAAUAAAGCUUUAUCAAAUCUUCUGUAAAAUAUAUAUGAAUACAAUAUUUCAGUAGACAAAUGUAAUGUUCUCUUAUGAUAAAACUUCAAGUAUGAAAUAAAUAACUAUAUUACCAUAGACAUUUGACAUUUUUUA